GCUGCUACUAGUUGUACAGUUCUCUUUCAGUUUAUAUCAGAGAGCCCAAUGGAGUCUUUUGAAAGACCUAGUCAGGUUAACAGGGCUAACUUCUUAGAAGUCCCCACAAUAAAUGAUUUCUCUUCAGAGGACGAAGAUGUUAAAUCUGAUAUUAAACAUCGUUUCUCUCCACUUCCCCGAAGGCGGAAUUCCGCUUCUUCUUCAGAGGAGGAGGCAGAUACCCCCACCACCAUCUCAAGAAAAGUUUCAUUUGCUGAUGCCUUUGGGUAUGAUCUCGUGUCUGUUAAAGAGUUCGAUACCUGGGAAGUUCCAAACACAAGUCUAAACAGCAGCAUAGAAGAUGAAGUUUUCCCUCAGGAGGAAUAUUUUUUCUCUCAACAGUUUGUGUUGCCUGCUUCACAAGAAGAACUUUUGCAGAAAGUGAGAGAGCAGAAAGUACUGUUGGAGUCAGUCGUGUUCCUGCCUGGGAUUACCUGUAUGAAUGGCAUUAUACGAGUCCUCAAUGUAUCCUUUGAAAAAGUGGUGUAUGUUCGAAUGACACUGAAUAACUGGCUCAGUUAUUAUGAUAUCCUUGCAGAGUUCAUGCCUAAUUCUUGUGGCAGUGAAACUGAUCAGUUCUGCUUUAAGAUUUCUUUGGUGCCUCCCUACCAGAGAGAUGGAGCUAAGGUGGAGUUCUGUAUACGCUACGAGACAUCGGUUGGUACCUUCUGGGCAAACAACGACAAUAAAAAUUACAUACUGAUUUGUCACAAGAAAGAAACUGUGUCCAAGGUGGAAAAUAAACCACACAAAGAGAUUACUGACAGACAACUUAAAGGUUGCUUAAAGACGACACAAAGCAGCAAAGAAGAAAUAGUGGCAACAUCUGACAAUGACACAUGGAAUAAUUCAAGGACUUCAGGCACAAACAUCCCAGCAAUUGUUUAUUCACAAGCAGAAGACAAAGACACCAAACCAGAUAAAGAAAACAGAAGAGAUAAAAAUGCAGAAUACAACCAGGGUAAUCAUGAAGAAGAUGAAAAAGAAUUAGAGUUGCUGCUAAAUCAGCACUUCACAAGAGCUGAAGGUACCUCUUCCAGAGAUGAAAGAAACUUACACACAAUAGAACCAGUUAAUUUUCCAAGUGAAACUGAAAGAUUGGAGGAAAAGCUAACCUGGACAGAAAGAAGCAGUCACUUGCACCCUAGGCCUAUCAGUUCCUCAUCUGAAAAUGCUUCAGAAGGGAUGAGAGAAUUAAAAGAUAAAGCUAACUCUUCCCUAAGAGGUUAUGAUAGUCAACCAUCAGGGAAAAAAGCUGCUGCUGGCUCAGUAAACAGUGGUGAGCAGUCUUUGGAAUGUAUUGGUACCAGUGAAAGCCUUUUAUCAACAAAAUAUUUUCCUGGGACAAAGCAGAAUGAGGCUAUCAAUAUUACAGCUACUGUCUCAAGCAGACAAGGAGAGAGCCACACAGAUAUUUCAAAAGGUGAAAGAGAUAGUGCCUCAGGAAGUAAGAUGAUGGAGAGGUUAUUCAUCAGUGAGGAUGAUGUUGAUACCUCGAAAGGGGCCUGUGAAACGAGGCCAGAAACCAUUUCUCCAGAGCAUGAUGAAUCCAUGCAAUUAAAAGUAUGCAUAGCAGGGACGCUGGAUGGCAAUGCUAAUCCAGCUCCAGAGCACCAGGCGCUGCAAAUGUCUCACCAAACUCUGGAUUCAUUGUUGUCAGGCGCUGACGAAAAUGAAGGAAAAAUCAAGAUGAUUGAAAGCAAAGUUCAGGUACACUUAAGAGGAGAUUUAUAUGCCAACACUUCUGCACGUGCUGAUGUCUCAAUAGAUUCCACACAAAGCCAAUAUAUACAAAAGAAAGGAGAUAGUGAAAUGUCAGGAAAGAACUAUAAUACUGAUGCAGGGAAUGAGAAGAAAGUUAUCGAAGUAACGGACUUAACAAUAAUCGGUGAGGAGGAAUCACCCAAGCCUUUCAAGUCACAUAGAAAACAUGCCACCAAAGCAUUGAACACAACGCCUCUGUCGGCUGAAGACAACAAACAGCCACCCAGGUCUGCAGAUUCCCCAGCAUCCUUUCCGGAGGAUGAAAGAAGAGCUGAAGACACGCUGGAACACAGAGGAUUCAGGAGGUUAAAAGGCAGAGGGAAGUCAGAACACACAAGUAAAGGAAGACUGAUAGGAAAGGAAAGUGAAACAAAACCCGUAGAUUGGAGCUGGCAAGAAACGGGUAGCGAAGUUCUGUGGGGAGCAAGGGAGAACACAGAGCCUCGGAGUAAGGCUUCCACAAGGGAGUUGUUUACCUGCCAGGAGGCAGAGAGCUGUGAAAAGUCUUCUCUCUCUGAGCAGGGUAUUACAGCAGAAGCAGAGGCAGGUACAACUUAUAUAAUUAAAACAACAUCAGAAAGUGCUCCAGAAAAAAUGUCUGCCAGUGAAAAAGCAGUAAUUGCUAAGCUACCUCAAGAGACUGCACUAAGUGACAGGCCCACAGAGGAAAAGGAAACAGCGUUUGAUACACAUGAAGGGAGAAAUGAUGGUUCACAUUAUGCUCUUUGUCAACUCAACACAGUGGGUGUAUUAUAUGACACUGAUUUUGAAAAGGAAUCAGUUUUAGGUAUUUAUAAUGCAUGCGUACAUGAAACACUGAAAGGAGAAACGAUGUCUGUAUGCAAUAGCAGGGAAAAGCGUGCCAAAGCACAACCAGACAUGGGCAAUAUUCUACCUGUAGGAGAAACAGUAAAGGCUUCUUCCACAGGAAAGAAGGAGGAUUUGAAGCAAGGCUUAUGUUCAGAAGUAUCUCAAUGUCCCCUGAGCACCCAGAAGCACCUGUACAGUGAGAAUGCAGAAGAGCUCUAUAGGGAAGAAAGACACGUUGAUGUACUUUCCCAUUUAAAUGUUAAAGCUGAAACAAAAAUGCCACAUUCUGGUGCAAAUACUGUGCCCAGCUACAAUUAUAUAAGCUCUUCAUUUGCAUCUUCUGAAAUGCCCACUGUGGCAGGAGACAUGGAGCAUCUGUAUAGACACUUUGAUAAGGCUGCUGCUGAGUCAGGCUGUGGUUUAAAUCUAGCAAAUGAAAUGACAUGUAUUACUAAAAACCUGUAUCCUGAAGCUGAGAAAAAAGAAGUAACUUCCACUUCAGACAUAGAAAUUUCUAGAGAAGAAAGAGGAAGAAGUAUGGGUCAAUGUUUCUAUCAAGCAGAGUUGAAACAGGAGAAGUCAUGGAGUCCACAGGUUUUAAUUAGUAAGCCUACAAAAGAAGCUGAAGGAAUAGGCUUUCAAUCUGUCCAUUUAAUAACUGAGGGGAAAACACCAAACUGGCUUGAUGACUCACAGAAGGAAAACCUGCACAUUUCUGAUUUUGCAGGUGUUUCUAACCAGAAGAGUGAAGUGCCUAAGUUACCUAGUGAGUCUUCAGGUUUAAAACAUGUUGCUUUCAAAAUCUUUUAUUUCUUCUUCUUUCUUCUUUUUGCUGCAACACUUUACCACUAUGAUUUGAUGGUUUGUCUUGCACUCUACCUGUUCUCCUUGUGUUGGCUAUACUGCAAAGGAGGAAGAAGCAAGGAGUCUGUCAAGAAGGAAUAA